AUGAACCCCACCAACGAUGUCUUUGAAAAGCGUAUUGCUGCUCUCGAGGGUGGUGCCGCUGCUCUGGCCACCUCGUCUGGUCAGGCCGCCCAGGGUAUGGUCGUCAUGGGUCUCUGCGGUACGGGUGACAACAUUGUCUCGUCCUCGUACCUCUACGGUGGUACCUACAACGCCUGGGCCAACCUGUUCCCCCGUCUUGGCAUCACUACCAAGUUCGUCAAGUCCGAGUCGCCCGAGGCGUACGCUGCUGCCAUUGACGCCAAGACCAAGGCGAUCUACAUCGAGUCGAUCGCUAACCCUCGCUACAUCGUUCACGACAUUGCUGCUAUCGCCAAGGUCGCACACGACCACGGCAUCCCUCUGAUCGUCGACAACACGUUCGGUGCUGGUGGAUACCUGGUGCGACCGAUCGAGCACGGUGCCGACGUGGUGGUGCACUCUGCGACCAAGUGGAUCGGCGGUCACGGUACCACCAUCGGCGGUGUCAUCGUCGACAGCGGCAAGUUUGACUGGAGCAAGAGCGGCAAGUUCCCUCAGUUCACCGAGCCCUCGGCAGGCUACCACGGCCUCAAGUUCUGGGACACCUUUGGACCCAUCACUUUCGCAAUCUACCUGCGUGUGGUCAUCCUCCGUGACUUGGGCCCUUGCCAGAACCCCUUCGGCUCGUUCCUGCUUCUGCAAGGUCUCGAGACUCUCUCGCUGCGUGUGGGCCGUAUUGUCGAGAACGCUCUGGCCCUGGCUCAGUGGCUCGAGGCUCACCCUCAGGUCUCGUGGGUCUCGUACCCCGGUCUCAAGAGCCACCCUUCGCACGAGGUUGCCAAGAAGUACCUGCAGCGCGGAUUCGGCGGUGUGCUCUCGUUCGGUAUCAAGGGUGACGCUGCUACCGGAUCGGCGUUUGUCGACAGCUUGAAGCUCGCCACCAACUUGGCCAACGUAGGUGACGCCAAGACGCUCAUCAUCCACCCUGCCAGCACCACGCACCAGCAGCUCUCGGACGAGGACCAGUUGAGCUCGGGUGUGACCAAGGAUCUCAUCCGUGUCAGCGUCGGUUACGAGUGGAUUGAGGACAUCAAGGCCGACUUCGUCCAAGCCUUCGAGAAGACCGCCGGUGUUAAGGGCAACGUUCCUUCUGGUCAGACUGGCCCUGCUCCUGGUCUCUCUGGUUCGGUAUAA